AUGUCACUGGAAGUAUGCAACGUGAAGCGGCCUGUGCAAACAGGCGAUCUGAUACUGUCUCUGAGGGGCGAUGUUACGGGAAAACGAGAGCGCGCAGCAUUAGAGGAUCUUAAGACGCGCAUGUUGCAAGAGUUCAGCGACAACUCAACGUCGCUUUUCUACUGGGACGAGGCCUGCAUGCUCUCCUUGGUCGCCACAGAAGCCGAAUACGAAAGGCUUGUCUAUGCUUUCUCCAUUGCCAUCACAGAGGGCGUUUCGGACAAUCGGCCGGUAAAUCUGGACUUACUGGGAUGUUUUGCCAGAUGUCUUCGUCAGAGCAAGCACGAGAUCCCGUGUGAGCGGGCAAGAUACGGAUCUCUACUUGGUGCACUCAACACGCAUCUCACCAAUGACAUCCACUCUAACAAUCCCCAUGCCAUCUAUCAUUUACUCCUUGCUGUCAGCACCGUACUUGAUGCUAUGGUGGAGAUUAAGUUCUCCGAAAUCGAUCGAAAAUCACUGCAUUCACCGCUCAAGAAGACGCUGGAUAGUUUGACUGGGAGUCCAGAACCACGGAUAUCUCAGGCUGCAAAGUAUGCAUCUCAAGCCUUGGCUCGUGUUCCGGAUAAUGAAGGUCCAUGGGAGGAGUUUUUCCGUGUCAGUGGCGAUUCAAUCCAAGCCAUUGCGGAGAUAAGUGGCGGAAUAGCCAAGUUUGAUCCUUCGCGGAUUCUCGAUGCCGGCCCAAGACUGGUCAAGCUUCUUUCUUUCUUUGCUGAUGCUGUGAAAGCUGGUAAAGAAAUUUGGGAUACCUGUGAAGAUCUGAAGCUGGUAUCCAAGGCAAUUCAAGAUGUAUCGGAGCGGAAGGGUUGGUACGAUGCCCUGCGACACACUGAAGCACUCAUCCUUUCGGGGGCAUUGUCUGGUCUCAGGAAGAUCUUGCCUACCUUGAGCCCGAGAUGCCUUAGCAAAGGCUCAUUUUGGUGCGGGAUGUUUUCCCAACUCGAACGGCAGUGGAUAUCGCAGACAGAGCAGCGCGGGAAUAUUGAAGAGUUAAUUGAAUGGACUUUGAACGAAAAAUCUCUACGAGACUAUUGGGAGAAAAGCCACUCAUUCCGAUGUUGGAUCACACUUGUUGGAGACUCACUUCAUCAUCCCGAGUGGAAAGACAUCGCGCGAAAAAGAAAGCAUCGCUUCUCUUCCAUUCUCCGCGAAAAGACUGUCGAUCCCAAGCUUAGAUCAGCUUCCCUUCAAGGUCAGCUAGAAGCCGGUUUGGCUGAUUCGCGACUGCUUCGGAAAGCAAUGGAAUUUAGUGAACGUGCACGCUUGUUUUAUGCGGAUGCUGUUCUUGCUCGGUAUUAUACCGCUGGCAGCCCAUCGUUACUUCACAUCAAGCGUCUUUCGGGCGAUGAUAUACCGAUCGAGACAUGCUAUGUGAAUUUAUCUCUUGUGGAGCAGCAGAGUGAAAGAAGCAAGGACGGAGAAAUUGCAUCAUCUCUCCAGGCCCGAUUGAAAGCCGAAGCGCCAAAUGCUGCAAAAGAGAUAUCUUUGCGGGGGCUAUUCAAAUCUAGAGAGCUUCGAAAUAAGCAAUUUAGAAAGCCGACCCGUAUAUUGAUUCGUGGACGUGCCGGUGUGGGCAAAACAACACUGUGCAAAAAGAUUGUGCAUGACUUUCUUCACAGUCAGUUGUGGGAGUCCGACUAUGAUAGAAUUGUUUGGCUCCCAUUACGCAAGAUGAGGGAAUGUGGAACGUUGGAGCACUUCUUGGACACUGCAAUCUUCACAAAAGUCCCAGAUGGUAGGGGUUUGUUUAAUACACUCAAGGACACCUUGAACAGCACCCCUAGUACCCGAACAUUGUUUCUUCUUGAUGGGCUUGAUGAGAUUGUUGGCGACCAACGCCCGGGCGGGAGUCUCAUUGAGAGUAUUUCAGAUCUCUUAAAUCGCAAGCAUGUUAUUAUCACAUCUCGACCACAUGCGGGAUUUCCUCCAGGUCUUGAUCUGUACGACUUGGAGAUCGAGACGGUGGGAUUUCACGAUCAAGAGAUCAAAUCCUACGUGGAGAAUGCUGUUCCAGACCUGUCUCAACAACAACAGAUUAUGGAUUUCAUCAAUGGACAUUGGGCUGUGAAAGGUCUGAUGCGAAUUCCAAUUCAGAUUGAUGCGCUUUGCUUUACUUGGAGCAGAGAUGGAUUUGAUGAGAGGCAGCCGACAACAAUGACGUCUUUGUAUUCCAAAAUCGAGACCAAGCUCUGGGGCAAAGAUAUGGUUCGAAUGGGAGUGAGGCAAAAGGAUGGUCAGACCAUGAGCGAAUACACGGCUGCAGAAUACAGAACCCAACGACAAAUCUACGAUCUGAUGGAGAAACCAGUUCAGCUUGUCAGACAAAUGGCCUUCUUUGGCAUGUACCACGGGGUUACAGAGUUCACAUCGACAAUGCGUGCUCAUAUCCAUGAUGCAGUUACAGGAACGACGGACAGGGACUUGGCCAACAUUUCCUUUCUGCGCAGUUCAGACUCUUCACUUGGAUACAGAGAACAAGACUAUUAUUUCCUACAUUUGACGUUCCAAGAAUACUUUGCGGCACAACACUUUGCAGAACAUUGGAAAAGUGGUGGCAGAGUACCAGUCUUGAAUCUGAAAUCAUCAAAGAGCUUAUACAUAUCAGCCGCUGACUUCUUGGCUCAAGAGAAAUACAACGGCCGGUACAAUAUCAUGUGGCGAUUUGUCACGGGCAUCCUAGACGCUGAAGAUCUCGAUGAAGGAAACUCAUUAGUUUCAUUUCUUAACCAGAUGACAGCAAGUUCGGUCGAUCUGUUUGGCCCUCCUCAUUUCCGUAUUCUGGCACACUGCUUCAGCGAGAUCAGAGAUAUCAAAAGCAAAAGUAGGUUAACGUCUGUUUGGGAUUCAACACAAAGUCAGCUUUUGCAAAUUUUCUUCUACGGCCGAGUUUUUGAUUCGGCCCCUGUUUCCGUUGUCGUAUUUGAUUUCGCAUUUGAUUUAGAAUUCCCCGAGGCAAUAUUUUCAUCAAUUCUUGAGAAGGGAAACAGAGACGACAAAGAACUCGCAAUUCGGGCAAUUUCUCGUCGUGAACUGCUGACAACUGAUCUUCUCGAUCUCAUCUUGCACCUCUUCAGAUCUGAGAAAGACGAAGAUCUUAGAAGAAAACUUGGCCAAGCUAUUUUGGCACGCCAUAAUUCCUCGCCAGCAAGCAUCGUCGAGCUUCUUUGUUCCCCCGUGCCGGAUGGUCUUGGCUCAGGGGAAUACUUUCUUGAAGGUGCACCGAUAUAUUUUGACUAUUGGAGUUAUCUACCUAUUCAAACUCUGGAACUCGUGUUUUCAGAUAAUUCUUCCUGGAGUGCCAUGAAUGCAUACGUGCUUCAGCUGCAAGCUAAGCUCCCUACUAGCAUUCUUCAGGAGCUAGAGUCAAGACUUGAUAGUGAAUCUGCUGAAACCCGGACCCGCGCUAUUAAUUCAUUGCCAGGCUGGCUAUUGUCGGAAAAAUCUAUUUGGAGCCAUGUUAUAACGGGCAUAGGUGAUUCAAACAAGGAUGUGAGACUAGCAAGCCUUCAAGCUCUUUGCCGAAAGCCUGAAUUGUCACUUGAUGUCAAGAUCCUUCGCAUGAUCGCCAAAAGGCUGAGAAGCAUGUCGCAAGAUGAAAUUCAAUCUGCGAUCAUGAUCUUCAAGUUGGAGACUCAAAAGCCCCUGCCAGUGGAUGUUGUUGAAAGACUUUGGAUAGUCCUAGGAUCGGGUCUCCCAGUCGUUUAUGGAAUGUAUGGACGUGCAUUUGAGAUUCUACUAUCUCACGACGCUUUCUCUGAGGAUGAAUGUCUAAUGAACUUCAAUAAAUGCGUUUCUAAAGACAUAUUUUCAAUUGCUGUGACAGCCUGCUGCCUUGAACUUGAUAUUCCUCUCCCGGAAUUUAUUUGCGAUCACUGCAUUCAGAUUAUUGAGAAUUUCGAUUCCGAUACAGGAAGCAAAAUACAACAUCGUGCGAAGGAAGUCUUCUCUCGUCGUUUAUUGCCGGCCGAAAUUCAGAUGAAGUUAUGGAAAAUCUACGACACAUGCUCACCUGAAGGCAAGGUCUUUAUAGCCGAGAAUAUCAUCGGCUUGCAAGAAAAUAUCCCGGAGAGUAUUGUGGCAGAUCUCCUCUCACGUUUUCAUAUGGCCGACGAGAAGGAUAGGGAGAUUUACCUUCGGGCAGUGCGCAAAUUUCGUCCCUUACCAGUGGAAAUUUUCGAGUAUGCGACUCAAUUUGCGUUGAAUCAUGUGGGAAAUAUUCCAGAUGCUUGUUUGGAACUACUACUGGGUUACAAAAAUCUGCCAAUCGAGAUAUUAGGAUCCGUGAUUGUCGACCUGCUCACUAAUUCUACUUCAAGACAGUUCAGAUCUCUCAUUUGGGAUAUUAUCACGCUUAUGAAGCACAAUGCUGGCUUUGAAUCCGUUUUGUCUCGUUUUACACCGGACCAGUGGGUGGCAUUUCUCAUGGUUCUUCUUAGAUUAAGUUUGUCAAGUUUCAUGGGGGGUGCAAUUUGCUUUGUGCGUGACGGACUUCUUCACAUCAGCAUAGAAGGGCAUCGGUGCCAGGUUAGCCUUGAAGCAUCGGAAACACUUCAGAACCUGAAGACUGCCCUCGAUACUGUGCAGCAAAAGAUUUAUGCCAAGUGUGGUCAAACGUACGCAGAGCUAGGAUUUCCGGUCGAUGAGAACGACUUAUGGAGUGCGAGGAUAUGA